GAUUAACCUAAUAUCGUAGAUAAAAAUGAUAAAUAUAACAUCGGUAUAAUUAAAAUGCCUAUCCCGGCAAACGUAGUGCAAUGUUUAAAGUAUCUCGACCGUGAAAAGGCGAGGCACAUCGAAGAGCUUCGAAAUUUAAUCAGCAUCGCGAAUGUCUCGUCGGAUCCGAACGCCGGCAAGCAGCUGUCGAAAGUGGUCCAAUGGAUGUCGAACAGGCUGAAGGGCCUCGGCUUCCAAGUGGUUCUUCACGAAUCCGGCGACGACAAGGACGAGGGCCACCAUCCGCUGAUAAUCAUCGGUAGCCUCGGCAAGGACCCGAAGAAAGUCACGCUGCUGUACUACUGCCACCUGGACGUGCUGAAAGUCCGCCGCUACAAGUGGAUCCACGACCCGUACGAGCUCACGGAGGAGGAGGACGGCAAACUGGUGGGGCGGGGCGCGGCCAAGAUGAAGGGUCCCCUGCUGUGCUUCCUGCACGCGAUCGAGGCGUACCGCGAGCUCGGCAUCGAGCUGCCCAUCAACCUGAAGAUCGUGUGCGAGUCGAUGCACGAGUGCAAGAGUCGCGGCCUGAGCCAAGUGCUGGAGCAGCUCAAGUCGACCUUCCUGGCCGACGUCGACUGCAUCGCCCUGAACGAGAGCCGCUGGAUCGGCAAGAGUCACCCGUGCAUCGUCUACGGCAUGCGGGGCGUCUGCUACUUCGACCUGAAGAUCUCGGGCCCGAGAAGGAGCCUGGCCAGCGGCGAUUACGGGGGCGUAGUGCGCGAGCCCAUGUCCGACCUGCUGCACAUCCUCAGGAGCCUCGUGGACCCGUUCGGCAACGUGAAGAUGAGCAGCCUGAGCAGCGACGUGCAGCCCGUGACCCCCGACGAGGAGUCCUUCUAUCACAAGAUCAAGACCAACAAGAACGAGUACCGGGCCAACGUCGGCGUCAACAAGCUCGGCCACGACGAGAACCUCAAGCUCGUGCUCAUGCACGUCUGGCGCUAUCCCUGGUUCAAUCUGCACUUCAUCAACACGGCCAACUGCGUCAGUCUGCUCGACAUACCCAACGAGAUUCACGCCCGAUUUUCCAUUCGGACGGUGCCGAAUCAGAAGCACGAGCGCAUCGUGAAGCAGACCCUGGAGGCGAUCGACCGAUGCGUGGCCGAGCUCGAGACACCGAAUCGCGUCGAGGUCAAGUCGGAGAACUGUUUGGACCCGUGGGUGGAGGACCACGACCACUGGAACUACGAGGCGGCCAAUCUGGCCAUCAGGCAGGUCUACAAGGAGGAGGCGAGCUUCAUUCGCGAGGGCAACGGCUUCCCCACCCUGCUGAAGCUUCGGGACGCGAUGCCGGGCCGCAACAUACUCGUGCUGCCGAUCGUCGACUGCGAGUCCAAGGCCCAUCGCUCCGGCGAGAACAUCUCCAAGCACUGCUACGUGGAGGGCGGCAAGCUGUUCGCCGCCUACUUCGCGGCGCUGGCCGAGCGCGCGCCCAAGAGAACAUCGUCCAAGUCCAACCGAUCGUCGUCUCAGUCCAAUAAGCCCUCCUCCGCGGCUUGUCGCCACAAGAUGUAUUGAUUAUGUACGCGGCUACUUCGUUCAUUUUCAACGACGAAAUAUAUAUUACUUUUAAUACUUUAAACGUCCAAAUGUGUAUAAUUAUUUUAACGAAUUGGUCUCGAGUGCGCAGCUGUGUAGAUACUCGAUCGACGCGUAAAUCAUGUAUUUAUCAAUAGUUCAAGGCGGCUUAUAUAAAUUAUGCAAUGAAUUAAAAUAUCCGAAGCGAUAAGGCACACAUAUAGACACGAGAGAGCGAUGACGAUUACAAACACUCGAAAGAAUAAUACGCAUUAAGAUGAUACACACUUGAAAAUCCGUGCAAUCUCGAGACGAUCAGCGACUAUAAUAAUAUAUUAUAACUAUAUAUACACAC